UUUCUUUUCCAGGUUUCUCCUUGCUGUAGAAGGGACUGGAUAAUGUAACCGGCUCUCUAGAAGGACCACGUGACUCUAUACAGAGCAAGAUUUUUUUCAGACCUUGUCUCACUUUAGAGCCACUUGAGGAAAAAUGAUGUGACCCUUCUUAUCCAAAAGGAUUUUUUGGAAGUGUGGGAUACCUGUGAAGAAGGGCGCCCUUUUCCCCAUCUGUCAAGUAGACAUUCUCAGAUUCCAAAAUGCCAGCCAAGACCCCAAUUUACCUGAAAGCAGCCAACAACAAGAAGGGAAAGAAAUUUAAACUGCGGGACAUUCUGUCCCCUGAUAUGAUCAGCCCUCCCCUGGGGGACUUUCGUCACACCAUUCAUAUCGGCAAAGAGGGCCAGCAUGACGUCUUCGGAGAUAUUUCCUUCCUUCAAGGCAACUAUGAGCUCUUGCCUGGGAACCAAGAGAAAGCACACUCGGGCCAGUUCCCUGGGCAUAAUGACUUCUUCCGGACCAACAGCACCUCGGACUCAAUGUUCACAGAAACGCCCUCCCCGGUGCUCAAAAACGCCAUCUCCCUCCCGACCAUCGGAGGAUCCCAGGCUCUCAUGCUGCCCUUAUUGUCACCAGUGACAUUUAACUCCAAGCAGGAGUCCUUUGGGCGUCCUAAGUUGCCAAGGCUCAGCUGUGAGCCUGUCAUGGAAGAGAAGGUUCAGGAGAAAAAUAGUCUGCUAGAGAGCGGGACCGUCCACCAGGGAGACACCUCGUGGGGCUCCAGUGGCUCCGCGUCUCAGUCCAGCCAGGGCAGGGACAGCCACUCCUCCAGCCUGUCUGAACAGUACUCUGACUGGCCUGCGGAGGACAUGUUUGAGCAUCCUGCAUCCUGCGAGCUCGAGAAGUCAAAGAGUAAAUCAGAGGAGUCCCUCUCAGACCUGACUGGCUCCCUGCUGUCCCUGCAGCUGGAUCUUGGACCCUCACUUUUGGAUGAGGUCCUAAAUGUCAUGGAUAAAAAUAAGUAACCAGGAGUCAGCUCUUUUUCUUUGGAGUAAGAGGUACCAAAAUAAGCCGAAAACAAAAGCUCAACUAACCACAACUGUUGGAAAGACCUGCCCUGGCUGGUUUUCUGCAGCCAUGUGAUGCAUUUUCUAAAAUAAUGCUCCUUUUCCUACAAAGUAUUUUUUUGACCAUCAUGCCCUGUUUGCAAAAACAAUUUUGAAAAGAAUAAUUAAAAAACAAAACAAAACAAAAAGACCUGUUCUGGCAAAAAGAGAGAGAGAGGAAGUGAGUCAGAGCUCAUUUUCAGCAGCCACUGCUGAUGUUCUGCUCAAUUUCGUUUGUUUGCAGACAUGCAGACAUGUCUAGAAGGGCUGGGUCCUUGGGUCUCUCCAAGGCGCUUUUGGCAUGCAGUGAGAAGGAAAUCCAAACUUACUUAGCACCUAAGCCUUUUGUUUUUCUAGACUCUUUUGUAUAUUGUACCCUUUGGGUUCACCAUAGCAAUUUCUCCAUUGUUAAGAUUUUACUCCCUUUUCAUAUUUGAAGAACAACCUUAUGGGAUUGGGGUUUUUUUUUCCUUGUUGUUCUUAUAUAUCCCUGUAUAUUAUUUCCAUGUUGCAAAAGUUUGACUGUCAGCUACAUGUUGGUUAAAAAAACAAGCAAGGUAUUACUGUAACUAAGUUAUUUUUAAAGUUGAAAUAUAUUUUUAUGUGCCUUUGGCUUUUUAUUGCAGAGUCUACAUUUUAUAGAUAAUACAUCAAGUGUUGUUUGUCUUGUUUCCAUUGGUGCUUCCAUGUAAGCUGUGUAUGUGUACUUGCAAAAGAAAAAAAAUACAACCUAUGCAUUAUCAGC